AUGGGGAAGCAAGGGAACAAACCCAAACCAUCUCCACAGGCUGGGCCCAUGGCGGCCCAGUGUGAUAUUAUCGGUAGAGUGAGGGGGCACAGGGAUACGAAGGGAUGCAACACACCUACUCCCCUCAAACCCUCACCCCCCGACCCUCCCUCUCCGUCUUCCGCUCUGUCUCUCUGCCAGCAGCUGACCCCUGACAGAGUGGUAUGUGUUGGAGAUAAUGCAGGAGAGGUGUGCUGCGCAGCUCAGUUCAGCAAGCAGGUCAGCGCUUCAAGAUGUCAUGAAGAGGAGCUGGCAGGCGAAGAGCAGCCACAGCAGAUGCAGACCGACACUCCCAGGCCCUGGAGCGAACGCACCAACACAAAUGCCUGCUCAGGCAACCGGAAGAGAUGCGAGAUGCCUUCACAUCAGACGUUAAUGGUCAUUGAACGUGACAGGAACCUUUCUGAGGUCUAUGUGGUGAUGGAGCUCUGUGCAAAAGGAGACCUCUUGAAGCAUAUCAAUGUCAAGGGGGCCUUACCCGACCAUUCAAGCUGGAGGUUUUUCACACAGCUGUGUGAGGCCAUCCAGUAUCUUCACAGCCGAGACGUAGCCCACAGAGAUAUAAAAUGUGAGAACCUGCUGCUGGACAGGUAUCACAACCUCAAAGUGUGCGACUUUGGGUUCAGCAAGAGUUUGACUUACAUAGACGGGCGGAUGGUGCUCAGUGAAACUUACUGUGGCACCUCGUCCUACGCAGCACCUGAGAUUUUGAGAAGCUUUCCAUACAACCCCAAAGUGUCAGAUGUGUGGAGUAUGGGUAUUGUGUUGUAUAUGAUGCUCUAUGCAACAAUGCCCUAUGAGGCCAACAACGUUACGAGGAUGGUGGGAAUUCAAAUGCAGCACAAUAUCGACUUCCCAAACAGUCCGUCUGUUUCUUUUGAGGCAAAAGACCUCAUCCGAAGCCUUUUGCACCCUGUUGUGGAGAAGCGGAUUACGAUCAGCAACAUAUUGCAGAGCUCCUGGGUCUUGCGGGAAGGGAGAAUGGAGGACACUGAUGCGGACCCCACAUCACAUGCUGGGUCUGGCCAAGGAGGACCUACAGAUGAAAAGGCCAAAGAAGAGGAGAAACUUACAAAAAACUGCUCAGAUCCAGGGGAAGGACCUUCAACUGCUGCCACAAGACACUGA